AUGCUCUUCAACUUCGCCCUGCUCGCUGUUCUCGUACAAACGGCGUUUGUGCUGGCUCACGAGGAGCAGAUCCCACUCGAUGAUUUUGUGAAACCUGCUGCCGACAACUAUGACCCCUUUGACACAGAGCUAUGGCUCAAAAAGUACGGGAAACAAGUCGACCAGGUCUUCUCUGGUCCCCUAUCGUUCUCGCAUCUACCGUACAGUCUAUGCCUUGAGGAAACUCAGAAGGACUUUGAUAUCGCUGUGCUGGGUAUGCCCUUUGACACUGGCGUCACAUACCGGCCGGGUGCGAGGUUUGGCCCGUAUGCCAUCCGCUCGGGGAGCAGAAGGCAGAGGGAGUCGCGUGGAUAUACAAUGGCGUGGAAGGUGAACCCGUACGAGCUGGGGUCUAAGAUCAUAGACUGCGGUGAUGUCCCUGUAAGCCCGUUCGACAAUGCCCUGGCCGUAGAUCAAAUGGAGGUCGCGUACUCUAGCCUUCUGGCAAGACCAAUCGUGAGCCAGGACUCUGGCGUCCGCUCGCCCGUCGUCAGCCAGUUCGCAAAAGACGGCAAGGAGCACCCACGCGUCAUCACCUUGGGCGGUGAUCAUACAAUUGUGCUCCCGAUUCUGCGCUCCCUGAACAAGGUCUAUGGCCCUGUAUCUGUCAUCCAUUUCGACGCGCACCUGGACACCUGGCCGUCGUAUGCCGGGCAGUCUACCGAACAAUCGCGCGUUACGCACGGCACCUUCUUCUACCUCGCCCAGGAGGAGGGCCUCAUGACCAAUACGAGUAUCCACGCCGGGAUCCGCUGCAAGCUGUCUGGCAUAGGCGAUAUCGAGAACGACGAAUCCGUCGGCUUCCAGCUCGUAACAUCGGAUGACAUCGAUGAUCUUGGUGUUGCGGAGAUCAUCCGGCGCAUACGCGCGCGAGUAGGAGACUCCCCCGUCUACCUCAGUCUCGAUAUUGAUGUCAUCGACCCGGGCUUGGCCCCUGCUACUGGUACUCCUGAGGCAGGUGGAUGGACCACCCGCGAGGUGAAGCGCAUCAUCCGCGGCCUCGCAGGCCUCAACUUCGUCGGCGCGGAUAUCGUCGAAGUUGCGCCUGCCUACGACACCGCUGAGAUCACCGCGAUCGCCGCGGCAGACAUUGUCCAUGACUUCCUCUCUAUGUUCGUCACGCAAGAACCGCCGAAGGCACCUGCAGAUGCGGGUGCGCUCAGGGAUGAGCUGUGA